AUGGCCCAGGGAAGCGAUGCCGCCGCGUGCCGCUGCAGUCUGCCCCUGCUGCCACUGCCACCGCGGCGCCUCCUCCUCGUCGUCCUCGUCGCCAUGCUCACCGUGGUUUUGGUGGCGCCGCCGUCGGCGAGGGCGGCGUGGGUGGAGGACUACCCGUCGGGGGUGCCGUGCGGGGCGACGAUCCCGGUGGAGCAGUGCGACCCGGGGGACGCGGCGGCCAACAGCGCCUGCAUGGACAUUAAGGCCGCGUUUGGAUUCCCUCCGCUCCGCGGCUCCGCGCCGGAGCAGAGCGGCAAUCCAGUUAGGGAGCGUUCGGAAUCCCUCCACUCCCGAGUCAGCUCGCGGAGCCGGCGGAGCUGCAGGCUGAAAAGGUGA